CUCUCUGGACUGGCGUCAUGCCGUCUCCUAGCUUCCCACCUUCUCUCCGCAUCCCUCCUUUUCUCUUUCUCCGCCUACCCUCCUCUCUCCCCUGCUUUCUCUAGUUGAUUCCGCUGUGUUUUCUCCUCUCUCUCUCUCUUUCACCAGUUUCUCUUGCUGGUCUCUUUGGCUUCAGAUGGAAAGGCAAGAUCUGGAUAAGCAAUCUGGUGCGGAAACCUCCUUGGUUCCUCCGGAAGCUUUUAAUCCAGAUCCGGGGAGUUACAUCAGCAUGCAGAGCUUGUCCAUCCAGGAUCCCGAGGUUCUCCAUAUUCAGGUUCAUCAAGAAAAAGAUGAUUAAGGGCUUGGAGGGACAAUUAUCAGGGUAUAUCUCAGCUUUCAAGAUACAUAUUUGUUGCUCACUUUCAGUCUUUGGAAAGCGGCUAUGUUUGUGUUUAUGCGUCAGCCUUGGAGUAUGGGUUCAGAUAAUCUGUUGAUUGAGUUCAUGGAUCCGGAGGACCAUAACAAAGAUAUUCAGGAUUAUAAAUUUGAUACUAUCUUUGUUACGGUCCGGAUCUACGGUGUUCCUCCUCGCUUCCGUUCACAACAGCUCUUGCAAAAGCUUCUGGGUACUUUGGGUCAAGUUUCAGAGUUUCAUCCUUUUAGUCAGGCCAUGCUUUAUGCUAAAUCAGAUUAUAUGUGGGGAACUAUAAAGAUGGCAGUAGCUAGUCCAGUUCAAGACAAAAUAUGGGUUUCAUUUCCUACAAAUUUGGCAGGUUGGGUCUAUCUCUUCUAUGAAAGAAUUGGUCGCAUUUGCACCUUCUGUGGAGUGAUGUUCCAUACUGUUCAGCACUGCCCUACUAGAAAUAAUCUGCUCAUUUCUAGGCAAAGGUUGCAUAUUGAAUUAGAUCAAAUUCCUUCUGAAAGGUUGGGACAAUGGAUGAAUAAUGCGGAGCUUAUCCCAAUGCAGUCUGCUAUUGCUACACAGGAACAUGAAGCGGUCUUCUCAACUUUUCUGAAUCCUCAGUUGAUCAGAUUACAGAAGCAGUCUAUGGAAGAUGUUAAGGGUAAAGCUAAUGUUCCUACUGAAGAAGAGUGUGCAGAAGUUGUUCCUAAAGAGUUGUCUUUAAGGAAAAUUAACAUGCAAAUCCAGAUGAUGCAGCAGGGAAACUCCUCCAAAGAUGCAGGUCAGCAGCAGGUUCAGGAAAGAGUUUCUGCAUCUCACCUCCUUCGGAGUACUGUUCAUGGUCAAAGUGGUGAGCACAGUUCUUUACCACCGGCUACCUUACCCACUGCAGUUAAUUCUGAGACAGGGAUAGGGCGGUGCAUUAACGCGGGAGACAGAGCUCACCUGCCAACCUCUUUGUCUGUCCCAGCUCUCUCGGGUGAUGCAAAUCAGUCAGGCCCACUGUCUCAGUUUCUGAUGAGUCCCCCGUGCGCUCCUGGACAAGAGUUAUAGCAGGGUCAGUCUGGUACUUUAAUUCCGCCACCUCUAGUUAUCCCUCCUUCUUCAACCCUGGAUACCCUUCGUCACAACGAACCUGCAAAUCCUAUUUCUCCACCAAAUUUGUCCACUCUGCAUACUCCUCUAACUUCGCAGUGCUGCACUACUCCUGCUAUCCCUGCCACUAUGGAGGACAAAAUACCAGGUACAAAUGGGAACAUUAGUCUUCCCCUUCACCCUAACUCCCCUCCUAGGUCAGCCCGGUGCCUGCCUCCUUCUCCUUCAACGCUUAGCCCCAAGCAUCCUCUGGCUGCUAUCCCAAAUCCGCUUCUGCCGCCGCCGAAGAGACUUGUCCUGACGGGAUCAGGAUGAUUACGUAGUUAGCUCUAGGGGAAGCCUGCCAAUCAGUCGAUCUGUUGUGGGUCCGGUCCGCCCCGCAUCUCAGCCUACUCCGACCCUCGGCUCUGGGUCGGGCUUGAUAGGAGCGCCUCCGCUCGGAUUCUCCCCCUCUCCCCUGUGCCUGCUGGUGGUCCCCUGGCUACCCCCCGAACGCGCUUCGGUGGAUCUGCAGCUGCUUGCCGCGCCGGCGGCUCUCUCUCAAGAGUCAGACCAGUUGCUCGCCUUGGUGGAGAUGCAUCACACACGGGGCGCCGCCAUCAAUUUGGAGUUAGCAAAUGGGAUGUUCCUCCAACCGGGUGACCUGGAGAUAUGCGUCCCGUUUUCAACCAGUUUCGUCGCCGUAGCUAUGGUGCUACCUCGCACCGUAAUGUAUACUA